AUGGAUUUCGAAGAACGUUUAGCAGGAGCAGAAAGAUCAGAUUCGCCUUCGUUAGUUGGUGCGUCUUUACGAUCUGCUGAUGAUUCACCACACCAGAAUUACAUUCAUCCAGAAAAGUAUGUGUCUUCUAGAGCUGAAUCGAGAUCAAAAUCGAGAAGCAGAUCAAGUAAAUUGAAACUGUCAAUCACCGCGUCCUUAGACGACUUAAUCAAUGAGGGUGCCUUAUUGGGCUCAGAGGAGGACUUUGAGAAGUUCUUGGAUAGUGAUGGCACUGUUAAGAACGAGGCGAAAUAUACGAGCAAGUUGAACGACGAAAUUGAAGAAGAGGACGAGGGGCAAGACGACAUUGAGUCUGAAGCAGUCCAGGGAGAAAUUGAAAAGGCAAUUGGAGAUCGGGACGAGCCUUUGAGAGGAAGAAGAACAAAGGUUGGGGAGAGAAACUUAGAUAAGGCUGUUGACAGGGAAACAAAGUCAUCCGGUGCCAACAAUACGGCUGCUGCUGCUUCUUCUUCGUUUUAUAAACAGGACGACUAUUCCACUCCCAACUUGUCAGACUAUCAAUUGGACCAGAACAUUACCGAUCACAAUGAUUUUGUUAGUCAUGUCCAAUCUUAUGAUCUAGAAAAGUUACCCCGCUCCAACCUGUCGGUAAGGGAUGAAAAGGCAUCUUCCUUGUCUAGACCAAGACCUCAGACUACAUUAUCAUCUGCACUGCAACAAAGAUUGGAAGGCAGUUUACACCCUUUCCAUACUGAUAGACAAAGGUCAAGAUCUAGAUCUUCGAACCCAACUUCACGAAUAGCUGCACGCUCGUCAUCAGCCCUGAGCCAUUUAGCCAGAGGAGAUUCCUACAAGAAUGUGCAUGGGGAUGAACCGUCCAAAUAUGAGCUCCCACCAUCAUUUUCAAAUGAUGAAUUAAAGGAGUCGGAGGAAGAGGAUAGAGGAAGAGCUGCUAGACCAACAAUGGGUGAUUCGAUUGCAGCCGCUGAGGCUAGAAAAGCUCGUGCAAACGAUCCUUUUGUCCCUGAAUUUGAUUCUAAUCCAAUUAGUAGAGAGCCAUCAUUGGUGACCACAGGCGAUUAUACCAAUUUUGAAGUGGAUAAUCCUCGCUCUCCUGUCAAAUACAAGCCCAAUGCCAGAUUUAUCAGAUCUAGUUCAAGCCACCCUAUGGACGAGAAAAAUGAUUCAAAUGUGGAUGGAUUAAUGGAAGAGGGCGCUUUGGUUACUGAUGAUCCUUAUGCGUCAAUAGAUCAGUUGGAUAGCUUGAUGGAGGAGGUUUUGAAAGGGAAUAAGGGCUCAUCAAAGUCAAGCGACGAGAAAGAUAAAGACAAGGUGGACCAUGAGACCAAACCGAAGGAAAGUGAGAAUGUGUCGUCUCAAUCCAAAAUUGCAGAAGCUCAAUUGGACUCGGACGUAAAUUCCAAAGAAAAAGAAAUUGAAGAAGAAAAAAACCAAAAGGAUGUUACUGCGUUGGACGAAAAAGCUGAUCUGAUAUCGGUUCCAGACGAGGAACAAAAGGAUCAGGAAGAAAGCAAGGACUCUAAGUCGCUUGAAUCGAAAAAGUCUGAGAAAGUUGAGGAUGAGGAAAAGGCUUCUACCUCCGUCAAGAAUUUAGAAAAGGAUGACAAAGAAUCAGUCCAUGAAGACUUGAUCGACGAGGAUGCAAAACGCGCUGAAAUUGAAGGAAACGAGAAAGACGAUGCGGAUACCACUCCUUUGAAACAAGAGGGUGCUUUGACCAGUGACGAUCCAGCCGAGGCUAUCGAAGAGAAUGAGUUGAGAGAAGGUGUUUCAACUGAUGGCGAAACGAAGGAGGACCCAAAGACGUCAAAGGAAAUCAAAGGGGAUAAAGAUGCAAAGUUUGAAACAAGCACGUCCAAACCAGAAGAUAACUUAAUUCAGGGUUCACUUAAUAUAGAUGGACCUGCUGAUUUGGAAAAAGUCGAAGAAGAAGAACAGGAAGGGCUUAAAGAGAAUGAGCUUGAAAAGGAGGAAGAAGCAGAAGGAAAGGUUCCCAAGGAUGAACAAGCAGAAUUGGACUCCGCCCAGAAAAAUAAGCCAAACUUGAUUGUUGGUGGAGAGGAUGAGAUACAGAGCGUUGAGCAGGAUGAUUCGGUGGAGCUGAAGGUGAAAGAAGAGGUUAAGGUUGAGUCGUCUUCUAAGGGGACAUCUGCAGUAAACGAACUGGGAUCGACAGACGCCAACACCUCCGAAGUAUCCAAAGAAGAACAUAUUCACGAUAAAUCUGAAGUCGUACCGGAGAAGACUGAACCAAAACCGAAAUUAGAAUCUCCAGAACUGGAGUCGUCAAGUAAAUUGUUGGAUGGGGUUCUUAAUGCUGAUGGGCCUGAGCACUUGAAAGAAGAUGAAGUCGAAGAGCAAGCAGGGAAGAAUGUUGAUAAAGCGAAAUUGAAGAAAGGUCCUGGAAUAAACAAUGUAAGUGAUGAUCAGAAGGAGGCUGAAUCUACUAAAGAAUCUGAAUCUACUAAAGAAUCUGAAUCUACUAAAGAAGCUGAAUCUAUCAGAGAGGCUGAAUCUACUAAAGAAGCUGACAAAAUUCAAGAUUCAGAAACAACUAAAGAAGUUCAACAGACAAAUGUAGAAGAAACUACCGAACCAUCUACUGAAACGUCUGAAGCUAAGGAGAAGGAGAGAGAGAUUGACACGGCGUCUGAUAAACCUGAAGCAAAAGCUCCUAGUUCCCCAACCGCAAAAUCAGAAAAAGAAGUUGCAACAACUGAUGAAUUCGAUGACUUGGAAGAUAUCUCCCCGGAAGAAAUCCGCAAGCAUCUUGAAUCUCAACCAGUUUAUAUUUUCACAUCAUUAGCUGGGGGUGCUCAAAUUAUCCCCAGAACCAACAGAUUAGCAACUAUUUUACAAGCAAAUGGAAUCAAAUUCGAAUAUAGAGACUUGGGCACAGAUGAAGAAGCGAAAAAGAUUUGGCGCAGACAAGCAUCUGGUAAGACGUUGCCUGGGGUUGUAAGAGGAGAUGAUUAUGUUGGUAACUGGCAAGAGAUUGAUGACGCUAAUGAAGAAUACCAAGUGAAGGACUUGUUGUAUAGCUUUUAG